AUGUCUCCCGUCGCCAUACACACUCAAGAGCCACUCUUUCCUACGGACCCGACAGCAAAGCUCAAGGCUGACGCUCGUGUCAGCAAGCAAAACCGCCACAAUGACACCCUGCCUCUGCCCAUCUAUCCUGAGCCUGUCGCGAGGGACUACAUGUACAAGUUCAAAUACAACCACCCCCUUCCUACACACGGAGCCGGAGCGGUAGAGAUCCCCGAAGCGACCAAUCCCAGAGACGUCGCGCAAGAAAUCGUCAGCCAAUUGUCGCAGGCGCUGACUUCGGGGGAUGCUGAGCAGUUUUCGGGACUGUUCAUGGAGCACGGUGUUUGGAGGGACCGCGCGCUUUUCACUUGGGAAUACCGAUCCUUCAACUUCCGGCAAGCCAUCCACAAGGCUGCUUCCGACUUGCUGCCCACCACGCCCGUUCACAAGGUCACCCUCAUCGAGCCAUAUGCAAAAGUCGAGCGCCCUUACGGGGACAUGUCGUUCAUUCAAGCGCACAUCAGCUUGGAGACCGAACUCGCCGGAGGUACCGCUCUCGUCAACAUCAUCAAGACCGAAGAGGGCUACAAGAUCUGGACGUUGACCUCGACGAUGGAAUCGUUGCACGGGUUUCCCGAGGUCCCGGAGAGGGACGGACAUAUGACCGGACCUCACGCAUGGGACAAGCAGAGGGAGAUCGACCUGGAGUUACAGGGUGUCGAGCCCGAAGUCUUGAUCAUCGGAGGAGGACAGAACGGUCUGAUGCUCGCUGCACGACUGCAGGCUUUGGGCGUCAAAUGCCUGAUCAUCGAGCGCAACAAGCGAAUCGGUGACAACUGGAGGGGUCGAUACGAAGCUCUCUCUUUGCACCUCCCCCACUGGGCCGACCACUUCGCCUACAUGCCUUACCCUCAACAUUGGCCUGCCUACUGUCCCGCCGGAAAGUUGGCGGAUUGGUUCGAGUGGUAUGUCAGUGCCCUUGAGCUGCACGUUUGGACCUCUUCCACGGUCACGGAGGCCAAACAGCUCGAGAACGGCGAAUGGAGCAUCGAGGUCGAGCGAGCUGGCAAAGGAAAGAGGACUUUCCGUCCUAAGCAGCUGGUCAUGGCUACCAGUCUAGCGGGUGUACCUUAUUCACCUACCAUCCCCGGACGAGACCAAUUCAAGGGAACCGUCAGGCACUCUACCGAGCACGAUUCUUCCCGCGAAUGGGUCGGAAAGAAGGCUCUCGUCGUCGGAACUUCUUCAUCCGGGUUCGACACCGCCUACGAUUUCGCUCGACGAGGGGUCGAGGUCACUCUUCUUCAACGCUCUCCUACGUACAUCAUGUCGCUCACCCAUAGCGUUCCGCGAAUCCUCGGCGCAUACAAGCCAGACGGCAAGAAACGACCCGAUAUCGAGAUCUCCGACAGGAUCCACCACGGUCUCCCUGUGGGCCCGUCGGAAGAGAUGGGACGACGAUUGGGAACCGAGUUGACGGAGCUCGACAUGGAGCUCUUGCAAGGUCUUGAAGCGAAAGGAUUCCAGACUUGGCGAGGUCAGCGAAGUACCUCUACCCAAACUUUAGGAUACACCAAGAACGGUGGCUUCUACUUUGACGCUGGCGCGUGCGAGCAGAUCCUCAACGGGAACAUCAAGGUCGAACAGGGCUACAUCGACCACUUCGAGGAGGACAAGGUCGUUCUGAACGGCGACAGGGAACGAGAAUUCGAUAUCGUCGUCCUCGCCACUGGAUUCUCAAACACCAUCGAUUCGGUUCGAAAGACCUUGGGAGACGACGUCGCCGAUAGGUUCGGUCCCAUCUGGGGGAUGGACGAAGAAGGAGAGCUCAACGCCGCUUGGAAGACCAAGACCGGUGUUCCCAACCUGUGGUUGAUGGUGGGAACCCUGCAGGCGGCUCGAUACCACUCGAGGAUGGUGGCGUUGAGGAUCAAGGCUCAAUUGGAGAACAUCGCUCCCGAGCCAUACCUCGCUUAG